AUGCUGCUCUCGCUCUCUCCCUCCAUGCAGUUUAAGCCCAUCCUCCUGGGCACGGUGGAUCCUCGAUCUCCCAUGGCCCAGUACCAGCGGGUUGUUAACAGCCAAAAAUGUGUGCGUGCUGGUGGCAAACACAAUGACCUGGAGGAUGUGGGCCGAGACCUCUAUCACCAUACCUUCUUCGAGAUGUUAGGCAACUGGUCUUUUGGAGACUACUUCAAGGAGGAAGCUUGCAGAAUGGCCUGGGAGUUGCUGACUGAGGUGUAUGGUAUCCCGCAGGACCGCCUCUACAUGACCUUUUUCAGGGGAGACCCAGCAUUGGGCUUGACAGCUGAUGAGGAGACCAAAGAGAUUUGGCUGAGCAUUGGCGUUCAUCCUCACCACUUAAUUCCAUUUGGUCUCGCUCAUAACUUCUGGGAGAUGGGAGAGAUGGGGCCCUGUGGCCCGUGUACUGAGAUACACUAUGACCAUGGAGUAGGGAAAGGAGCAGCAGCACAGGUCAACACAGGCAAUCCUCAGCUGGUGGAGAUCUGGAACCUGGUAUUCAUGCAGUACAGCAGGGAAGCUGAUGGCAGUCUUCACUCUCUGCCACAGCGUAGUGUUGACACUGGCAUGGGAUUUGAACGAUUGGUUGCAGUUCUGCAAGGGAAAGAAUCCAAUUAUGACACUGACCUCUUCACUCCCAUUCUAGAUGCCAUUCACAGGGGAUCGAAAGCCCCUCCGUACCAAGGUUUGGUGGGUGACAUGGAUCCUAAUAUGGUAGACAGGGCAUAUCGUGUGCUGGCUGAUCAUAUCCGCGCUCUCACCAUCUGUAUUGCUGACGGCCUCUAUCCAGGAAUGACUGGAGCUGCGCUGGUUUUACGUCGAAUUCUCCGCCGAGCUGUGAGGUAUUCUGUGGAGGUUUUGAAGGCCCCUCCUGGCUUUCUGGCAGGUUUGGUGCCAACGGUCGUGGAGAUUCUGGGAGAUGCCUACCCAGAGUUAAAGCAAGACCCAUGCCAGAUCAUGGACACAAUUAAUGAGAAUGAAGCUGCCUUUCUCUCCUCCUUGCACCGUGGACGACGUAUCAUUGAUAGAACUUUGCAGAAAAUGGACAAUUCACAGAGCUUCCCAGUGGAUGUGGCCUGGUCUCUGCACAGGAACCUGGGCUUCCCCCUCGAUCUGGUUAGCCUCAUGCUAGAAGAAAAGGCGGUGAUCAUGGACAUGGAAGCCUUGGGACAGUUGGCAAAGGAAGAGGCAGAGCGUCUCAGACCAUUGCCCCAGUCUGAUUUGCAACCGGACAGAGUGCCGGGUGUACAAGACAUAAGCGAACUCCAGAGGACUGGAGUGCCCAGAACAGACGAUUCAGCAAAAUACACCUACAAGCUUCAGGAUGGCAAAUAUGUAUUUAGUCCCUGCCAGGCCACUGUAGUCGCAUUGUAUGAUGACAACUCAUUGGUGAAGGAGGUGGGGCAAAGUCAGACAUGUGGUGUCAUCCUGGACCGAACCAAUUUCUACAGCGAGCAGGGUGGGCAGACCCAUGACCUGGGUUAUUUUGUCCGAGAGGGUCAUCAGGAUGUUCUGCUACCAGUGGUGAAUGUCCAGGCAGCUGGUGGCUUUGUGAUUCACACCGUCAGUGUGCCAGAAUCAUUACACAUUGGAGACAGACUCGACUUGUUUGUGAAUGAGGCCCGCCGUCUUGCCUGCAUGGUGAAACACACAGCCACUCAUCUGCUGAACUAUGCCUUGCGCUGUGUGCUAGGAGAUCAGACUGAGCAGAGAGGAUCGCACAUCACCGCUGAUCGACUGCGCUUUGACUAUAAUAUCAGGACUCCAGUCACUGGGCAGCAGCUAGAGACAGUGGAGGAGAUUGUGCGAGAUGUGAUAUGUCGUGAUGAGUGUGUAUACACAGCAGACGUCCCUUUAAAUCAAGUCAACUGCAUUAGAGGACUCAGGAGUAUCGAUGAGGUUUAUCCAGAUCCUGUGCGUGUGGUGUCAGUUGGGGUGCCUGUCGAACAGUUACUGCAUUCAAGUAACAAACAACACACUUCUGUGGAGCUGUGCUGUGGGACACAUUUGCUGCGGACAGGUAUGAUCCAGGACCUUGUGAUUGUAUCAGAGAGGCAGCUGGGCAAAGGCAUCAGCAGAAUACUCGCUAUUACAGGAGAGGAGGCCAAAGAGGCCCGAGAGAUGGGACGGGUCCUUGCUGAGGAAGUUGACUCUCUGUCUUUGCGCCUUGAUAAUGGAAUGAAGUCACUGGUGGAUUCACAAAGGCUGUCAAAAGAAAUCGGUCAGUUAACAGAUGUUGUAGAUGGAGCUGUGAUACUGCAUCGAGAUCGCCGACAACUGCAGGAGAGACUCCGAGCUCUUCACCGAACAGCAAACACAGCCGUUAGGAAACUGGAGAGCAGAGAGGCUGCUGAGAAAGUGCAGGUUUUCCUGGAGAAUCAUUUGCACCAAGCAUUGAUUGUGGACUUCUUUCCUGUCCAGUCAAUCUCGAUUCUAAUGAAAAUGGUGAAUAAAAUCUCUGAAAAAAUGCCUCAAUCGUCUGUGAUGCUCCUGAGCCAGCUGGAUUCUGGGAAGAUCCUGUGUGCAUGUCAAGUCCCAAAGGACUUGGUCAGCAGCCUUUCUGCAUCAGAUUGGGCUCUUGCUGUCUGUGGACGGAUGGGUGGGAAUGCUGGAGGCUCUGACGUUGUCGCUAAGGGAAUGGGAAGCAGCUCCAACUUGGAAGAAAUUAUAAAACUAGCUACAGAAUAUGCAAGAAAUAAAAUGUAAAAAUGGAACACGUUUA